AUUCCUUUCGUCACCACAAAAACCCUAAACCCUUAUUUAAAACCUAGACCCCUUUUUAAAACCUAAACCCCUUCCUUCAUUCCCGAUCCAACUCCACAACCUUCAUCUCCGAUCCACAAUGGCCGCCACCACCGCCUUGCUCCGUUCUGUCCGACGCCGCGACCUUGCCUCUUCUUCUGUCUCUGCCUUUCGAUCGUUGACGGGCAGCACUAAGACAUCAUAUAUAGGCGACAAGUGGGCAAGUUUGUCUCGACCAUUCAGUUCAAAGCCUGCUGGUAAUGAUGUCAUUGGGAUUGAUUUGGGUACUACAAAUUCAUGUGUUUCUGUUAUGGAGGGGAAGAAUCCUAAAGUUAUUGAGAAUUCUGAAGGAGCUCGAACGACACCAUCUGUGGUUGCCUUCAACCAGAAAGGAGAGCUGCUUGUAGGUACACCAGCCAAGCGUCAGGCCGUGACUAACCCAACAAACACUCUUUUUGGCACCAAGCGUUUGAUUGGUAGACGCUUUGAUGAUCCUCAAACUCAGAAGGAGAUGAAGAUGGUGCCAUUCAAGAUUGUUAAGGCACCCAACGGAGAUGCAUGGGUUGAAGCCAAUGGGCAGCAGUAUUCCCCCAGCCAAAUUGGUGCUUUUGUUCUCACCAAGAUGAAGGAAACUGCUGAAUCAUAUCUUGGAAAGUCAGUUUCAAAAGCUGUAGUUACUGUACCGGCGUACUUCAAUGAUGCUCAGAGGCAGGCAACAAAAGAUGCUGGUAGAAUUUCUGGUCUUGAUGUCCAGAGAAUUAUCAAUGAGCCCACUGCGGCUGCCCUUUCGUAUGGGAUGAACAACAAGGAGGGUCUCAUUGCAGUUUUUGAUCUUGGAGGUGGAACAUUUGAUGUCUCCAUCUUAGAAAUUUCUAAUGGUGUUUUUGAGGUGAAAGCAACUAAUGGCGACACCUUCUUGGGAGGAGAGGAUUUUGAUAAUGCUUUAUUGGACUUUCUAGUGAGUGAAUUCAAAAGAACUGAGAGCAUCGACCUCUCAAAGGAUAGGCUUGCCUUGCAGAGGCUAAGGGAAGCUGCUGAGAAAGCUAAGAUAGAACUGUCUUCAACAUCUCAAACGGAUAUCAAUCUUCCUUUCAUCACUGCUGAUGCAUCUGGUGCAAAGCAUCUGAACAUCACAUUGACCAGAUCCAAGUUUGAGGCUUUGGUAAACCACUUGAUCGAAAGGACAAAGGCACCAUGUAAGAGCUGCUUGAAGGAUGCUAACAUAUCUAUCAAGGAUGUUGAUGAGGUUCUUCUUGUUGGAGGGAUGACCCGCGUGCCUAAAGUCCAGGAGGUGGUUUCAGAGAUCUUUGGAAAAAGUCCUAGCAAAGGAGUAAACCCUGAUGAGGCAGUUGCCAUGGGAGCAGCUAUCCAGGGUGGUAUCCUACGUGGUGAUGUUAAAGAGCUACUACUCCUAGAUGUGACUCCACUUUCUCUGGGUAUUGAGACUUUGGGUGGUAUCUUUACGAGGUUGAUCACUCGCAACACCACAAUUCCUACCAAAAAGAGUCAGGUGUUUUCAACAGCAGCUGACAAUCAAACUCAGGUUGGUAUAAAGGUGCUACAAGGUGAGCGGGAAAUGGCUGCUGACAACAAAAUGCUUGGAGAAUUUGAGCUUGUUGGCAUUCCUCCUUCCCCACGAGGUAUGCCUCAGAUUGAAGUCGCAUUUGACAUAGAUGCUAACGGGAUUGUUACUGUCUCUGCCAAAGACAAGUCCACUGGGAAAGAACAACAAAUUACCAUCCGUUCAUCUGGAGGACUCUCAGAAGAUGAGAUUGAUAAGAUGGUUAAAGAAGCGGAGUUGCAUGCGCAGAGAGACCAAGACAGAAAGGCUCUUAUUGACAUCAAAAACAGUGCAGAUACAGCCAUCUACAGCAUUGAGAAAAGUUUGGGUGAGUACAGAGAUAAGAUUCCCACUGAAGUUGCAAAAGAGAUUGAAGAUGCUAUUUCAGAUUUGAGGAAAGCGCUGGCAGGGGACAAUGCUGAUGAAAUAAAGUCAAAGCUUGAUGCUGCAAACAAAGCUGUGUCCAAGAUUGGAGAACACAUGUCUGGUGGUUCAAGUGGCAGUUCCUCGGCUGGAGGUUCUCAGGGUGGUGAACAGCCUCCUGAGGCAGACUACGAGGAGGUCAAGAAGUGAGACAUUUAGGUGUGGUUUUGUAGCAUUUAUUUCUUCAUAUUAAUCAUCACAUAAUUACGAGAAGAAUACAAGGUUACUUCUUGUUUGUAUCUAAAGUUGAAAGCCAUUUUUUACUAGACGGCUCUUUAAUUUAUAGUGUUUCUGGAGUACUCAACGGGGCUGUUUUAGCAACGAUAUCGGAAUUUAUGCAUAAAUUUUGUU